GCUCGCUAGGUCCCUAGCUACACAUAACUACAACCAUCCGACCAACCAAGCACACCAUGAUCACCUCCCCCCUCCCUCGGUGGGUGUCUCGGGGUGUCGCGGAGCAGCACCGCCCUCUUGCUCCUCCUGUGCAGUGGACUGCAUGUCCAGGGCCGCGUCGGCCGACUGAAAACCCGUCGCCUCACACUCAGGCACCGCCGACGGGCCCUCCCGCCUGGCGUCCUGCAUCCUCGGCUGACCGAUGACCCCAAAGCCGACGUGGCCCUGCUUGAUCCUCUCGAGCCUCGAGUGUCCUGGCUCCGACACCUGUGGGCGGAGUGGCAGCGACAGCCGCAUGGCGGCGUGGUGCACGAACGUGGGCAGCGCGAGAGCGCCUUCAUCAAACUCGACACUCUCGCGCCGGUUGGGCAGGGCCGCCACGGCCGCUGCUGUGGUGCCCUCGGUGUCGCCCCCCGCAAUGGGCCCGAAUGUGCCUGUGGUGCCCUCAGGCCCCUCGGCGGUGCUCAGGCUGGCGAUGGAGCCCUCGCUGUGGGAACGCCGCAGGGUGAGAGCCGUGCCCCUGACACGGGCAGUGGGGCUGCUGCCGUCCAUGGCCGCACAACCCGUGACGUUGCCGCACGGCCCGCCAAACAUGAGGGAGGUGGUGGUGGGUCCGUUGGCCGAGCCGCCGCUCUGGUAGGACGUGUGGCCCUCACUCCGGCCGGUCACACCGCCCGCAGGGCCAUCGGUGGAAGACGGUAGCAGCGACAAAGGCACCGUGCUGUGCUUGGGAGUGAGCCCCUGCUGCUGAUGGAGGGACAGCUGGUGCGGCCCCACGAAGGGCAGACGGCCGACGGGGUGGAUGGGCGGGGUGGGUGGGUCGACCAUGGCUGGGAGGGAGGUGGGCGGGGCGCCCUUGUGUGGGAGUGAGGGUGGGCUGGUUCCCAUGGUGUCGAAGGGCUCGUUGCUCAUGGGGGGCGUCAUCAUGGCCACCGCACUGCUGGCAGGCGCGCGGGUGGAUGAAUGAUGGCUGUCACCGCCCACUGACGACGCCGUGCGACCCGUGGCAGCGUCCUGGUCGGUUGCUGGCGACACGCGGCCCCCGCCGAUGUUGAGGUCGCGCAGCUCCCUGCGUGUGAGUGGCACGAGGAAGGGGGCGUAGAUGAUGGGGACCCUGGGUGGGUACUGGAAGGGCGGUGCGUCCUCCUCGGAGACGCCAGGGGGCAGGCGGGAGACGAAGUACCGGUACGAGGCCUGGGCGUGCCAGCUCAGGUAGAGUAUGUUGAGCUGCGGGGGCGCCUCGAACAAUAAACGUGUCUUCUGGUAACUCUCCUCAUCUACCAACUGCAGCCAGCGACACAAACACACACACGAGAGAUAGAUGGCCACUCGACUGACUUGUGGAUUGUGGCAGGAUGUGUCGUGUUUGCGUACCUUUGGUGGUUCGAGUAUUUUGGUGUCUGGUAGUGGCGGGAACCGCACCGACUGGACGACGAGGUGGUUGUGGGGGUCGACGAACAGGCGACACAGGUCGCUGAAGGCCGUCGAACCCAGCAGGUUGCGGAGCUUGCUGAACUGAAACACGCUCGGACACAGCGACACGCGAAACCUGAUAGAUAGCCAUACACAGACAGACAAUACACACAGAGAGAUGGAUGGAGUGAACAAUGUUGGUCGAUCGAUGCGCAUCUUGGUAUAGCUAUAUGCUGUAGGUACCUACCUUCCGACGAGUCGCUUUUUGAGUUGUGAGAGGAGCAGGCCCCUGGGGUUGUCGAGUAGGAGGCUGUGGACGUACCGCCGCGCGGCCGAUAUGUCUGUGACGAAGGGCACGCCGCCCUCGGCCUCCUCCAACUCCUCCAGGUUGCCGCCCAGCACUGCAAAUGACGCACCGAUCUUGCCCUUGCACGCACCGAUCGGCUGCAGAAUACUGAUAUCCAUACACACACACACACAGACAGACACGCAAGAAACAAACGGUGAGAAGGAGUGUUUCACCGGUCUGAUGUGUAGUGUCGUGUAGUGUGGGAUGCCUGCCUUACUUGUUCUCAUAGGCGAGUAGUCCUUUGGCGAUGGCGAGUUGUACGAUGUGGCAGACCCUGCCGAGGCUGAGGUCGUUGAGACAGGCCGGGCCGUGCUGCUUGAGCUCCUUGGCCAUCCCGUACCGCCCGCCCUUGAACUGGUACGGCCGCAGGCCGGGAGGGCCCAUCGUGUGCGGGAACGCCGCCGCUGCCGCCGCCUGGCCCUCUGUCAGCCGCACGGCGUGGUAGGUGCCCGUCAGCAUCAGCUGGCAGAGGUAUGACGACAGGGCCUGCCACAGCGAGGUGUCGUAGGGGUCGUCUGGGCUCUUGGCGUCGACCCAUCCCUUAGACCAUGCAGGAGGGGGGUCGAGCUCGACGCUGUGCUGACCGCCGCGGGGGUCCCGGAUGACUCGGUAGCCCGGCAAGGCCUCGUAACACAACAAAAAAUUCGACAGGAUCAUGUCCGACGCGCCCCUCUCCUUGAGCCGCCGAUGCAGGUCGUCGCUGGUCGGCUGGAUCUCGUCACGAUACAGACUCUCGACAGCGUCACGAAGGAGCUGCUGGUCGACCGGGGUCAACGUGAGGGUGUUGCUGCUGCUGGCAGGGGGCGCCUGUUGCUGCUGCUGCCGCUGCUGUUGGUGGGGUGAUGGCUGCUGCAGCUGCGACUGGGGUGGAGGUGUGGGUGCGGCGGGCGGCAGGGAGGGCGACAUGGGUGGGGGAGGAGGCGGCUGGGUGGCCAUCAUGCCACCGCCACCACCGGCAACAGCAGCGGUCUGUGUGAAUGAGGGCGGUGAGGUGAUGUGGUGGUAGUGGUGGGGUGGGGAAGGGCCUCCCGCCGUCACCGACCCAGGAGGCCUCCGCCCGCUGGGGUACUGACGGGAUGAGGAGGACAUCACAAACGACGCAGAAAAAGACGGGGACUCCACGAUGACGUCAACGACCUGACAGACAGACGGAUCAGACAACCCGACGCAAGCAGAGGCAGCGAAACGACAACCGAUGAGGCAGGCUGAUCCGACCCUCUGAAGUCAGUCCUGCUGCUGUCCUGUCGGUAGGUAUGCCUAGCUCGUGUAGCGUUCCUUCCUGUCUGUUCUGUCUUCCUACACGUCACGGGUGUUCUGUCUGCGAUUGGAUCGGGGAUGACGUCACCACGACGCCACCACCUCUCGCCUGACCUCCUGUCUCACCCACUUCCCUCCCUGCGUGAUGACGUGUGCCUGGAAGACAGACCUUCCUGCUUCUCUCUGGCAACGCACCCCCUCCCUCCCGCACUGUACGUGCCCGUGUGUGUGGCUCACCUUGGUAGGAGGACUGGGAGUGAGGUUCUUGACCGACAAGACCGCUAGACAACCAGAGGGGGAACACACACGAGGCGAAGUUGAGGGUCAGACUCUCUGCGCCGUGUCGUUUGACGCAGUUGACUGUCGCUGAGAUAUUGGACACGCCUUUUUUCUCUUCUCCUUUCCCUCUCGUUUUCGCACCUCCUUCG